AUGACCACGGUCGAUUCCAUUCUCGCUGCCAAGUAUCCGGCCAAAGCCCAUGCGCGCCGUGUCGCCGAGGCGCUCAAGACCCACGGCGAUGCCGGCGCUAUUUACCUCGAGGCACAAAAGACUCGACUGAUUGAGGAUAAUGACGAGGCGAUGCCUUUCAGACAGCGUCGCCCUUUCUUCUACCUUACCGGAUGUCUUCUGCCUGAUGCGUCGAUGGUCUACGAUAUCAAAGCGGACCAAUUGACCCUGUUCGUUCCACCUAUCGACCCCGAUUCCGUCAUUUGGUCCGGCCUGCCUAUGUCGACGGAGGAGGCUGCGAAGCUCUACGAUGUCGACCGCGUUCUGUACACCACCGACGUCAAUGCCACCCUCGCCUCGCUUGCCUCGGCUCAAGGUGGAAAGACCCUGGCCUUUGCCAUCGAGAAGCAGAUUUCCGAGGGCAUCGAGUUCAAGGGCUUCGCCGAGGCUAAACUCUCGAUUUUGAAGGACGUGAUCGGGGAUGUCCGCGUGGUCAAGGAUGCGUAUGAAGUGGCGCUGUUGAGAAAGGCAAACGACGUCUCUGCCAAGGCACACAUUGCCGCCAUUAAGGCGUCCAAAACGGCCACCAAUGAGCGUGAGAUGGAGGCAGCUUUCCUUAGCGCCUGCGUUGCCAAUGGCUGUCGGGAGCAGUCUUAUCACCCCAUCUUUGCCGGCGGUGCAAACGGAGCUACUCUCCACUACGUGCAAAACGAUGAGAGCCUAACGGAUGCAGCAACCCAGAAGCGGAAGGGCAACCUUUUAAUUGAUGCCGGCUGUGAAUACCAAACGUACUGUGCCGAUAUCACGCGUGUUAUCCCUCUUGCUGGGAGAUUCCCGACGGAGACCCGUCAGAUCUACGAGAUUGUUCUGCAGAUGCAGAGAGAGUGCAUUGCGGUGCUGAAGGAGGGUGUCCAGUGGGACGAUGUUCACGCAUUAGCUCAUCGCGUCGCUAUCAAGGGCCUAUUGAAGCUCGGUAUUCUGCGUGGCACCGAGGACGAACUGUUUGAGAAGCGUGUCAGUGUGGCCUUUUUCCCGCACGGUCUGGGUCAUUACUUGGGCAUGGACACUCACGACACCGGUGGCUAUCCCAAGUAUGAUGACAAGGACAAGAUGUUCCGGUAUCUGCGUGUCCGGCGCAACCUGCCUGCCGGUGCCGUGGUCACGGUCGAACCCGGCAUUUAUUUCUGCCGCUUCAUUAUCGACCCGGUCUUGAAGUCUCCGGAGCUGGGCAAGUACAUUGAUGCCGAGGUCUUGGAACGAUACUGGAGCGUGGGAGGCGUGCGCAUUGAGGAUAACGUUCACAUCACCAAGGAUGGCUAUGAGAACUUGACUUCGGCCCCGAAGGCCAUUGAGGAGGUGGAGAGUCUCGCCCAAUAA